AUGGAGGAGGACAUGGCAAACCCCCUUCAUUUGAGUUCUCUGAAUCACAUCUCACUUGUUUGUAAGUCUGUGGAGAGAUCAAUUGAUUUUUACAGGAAUGUUCUAGGGUUCGCUCCAGUGAGGAGGCCUGGCUCAUUUAACUUUGAUGGAGCUUGGCUUUUCGGUUAUGGAAUUGGAGUACAUCUACUGCAGUCAGAAGAUCCAAACAAAAUGCCAACCAAGAAAACUGAAAUCAAUCCCAAGGAUAGUCACAUUUCUUUCCAGUGUGAGAGCAUGGCAACAGUUGAGAAGAAGCUGGUGGAAAUGGAAAUCGAGUACGUGAGGCAGCGGGUAGAGGAAGCUGGAAUUUACAUGGAUCAACUCUUCUUCCAUGACCCGGAUGGCUUCAUGAUCGAGAUAUGCAACUGCAACAACCUGCCGAUCGUGCCGCUCGCCGGAGAAACGGCCCGGUCGUGCUCGCCGGUGAACCUUCAGAAGAUGCAGAACCAGCAGCCGAUACAAGUUGUCCGACCAUAGCUGGCUGUUAAUAAAUUUGGGUCUGCUUUGCUGUCAGUUUUCGGCUUCAUUGUUUCUUACUGGUAUAAUCUGAACUGUUUGCAGUGACUCAACGAGAGAAGCCAUUUUAUUUUUUA